GUGUUGUUUAUAGAACUUUCAGAGUUUGACACUCCGUUCGCAGUACCAGAAGAGCGAGGCUAUUUUGGUUGGUGUUACAAGGCCAGAUCAGUCAAUCAUCCAGACUGUUGCCCCUGCAACUACUGAAAAGGCUGCUGCCCCUCUUCAGGAACAACACGUUUGUCUGGCCCCUCAACAGAUACACCUCCGUUUGGGUUGCACCUACGGUAUGGCUAUCUGUAUCGUUGAGGCACGUAAGCCUCCCCACCAACGCCAAGGGUGGAGACAUGUAUGUUGCUCGUUACAAAAGAUAAACAUGUGGCAUUACGCUGCCAUAACUAAAACAAGUGAAAAGAAACUUGAUGAAAGUUGUGGAGCCACUUUUGACAGCAGUGUAGACGGUAAUAUGGAAAGGAGUGAACUAGAAGCUGAUCUGCAGCUACGAAUGCAAAGAAGUCUUGCACAAAAAGUACUGGAAAGAUCAAAUUUGUCAGAAACUAGUUCAUUCCAUGAGUCACUUAGAACAAGUACGUCAGACUCACUUCCAAAUCUAUCUAGCCAAAGCUGUGCGGAAUCAGAGAAACCAGAACAUAAUAAAGAUAACAGUUUAUUCCAUUUUCUCAAUAACAUGAAAAGUGGUUCAAUUUGUAAUAAAAAGCAAAUGGAUAUUUCAUCUUCAAGUUUUGAAUCAUUCACCAUUAAGAGAUCUGCACAUUCCACACCCAAUGCAUUUCCUUUAAGACUGAAGUCAGAGAAGUUCCAUAGCUUUGGCGAUGACGAUUUUGCUCCAGAGGAUGCAGCAGAUGAAUUUAUGCCAGCAGACCAGCUGCAGGACAAAUUGCUGGCAGAUGAAAAGUCAUGGAAAAGGAUGUUUGGGGACUUUCCAACCAAUGAAUCACAAAUUAAGAAUGGAUCAGAUGCAUCUGGAUUUUCUGGUAUUAGUGGAGAUGCAGAAAUAACAGUAGGAUCAAGUGUAUUAGGGUGUGGUGCUGGAAGAAAGAAAAUACCAGUUGAUGAAUUUUUCCACCUGAAAAAUGAUGAUCUGAAUAAGAGGCCAUUCUUUGGUAUUGAUGUCACAAGUCCUGAUGGAAAACAAGUGCCUCAGCCUCUUAUAGAUAGUUCAUCGCUCAAAGAUACUUCAGAUAGCAGUUUGACAGAUAGUGAAAUGGCAUACAGAAAAUUGAAAGUAUCAGAAAGGUUAGAAGAUAUAACUUCAGAAAGCUCGCCAAUAAGUGUGAUAAGUGUUUCCAGCAUUCAAAAGCUAAUGUCCGAAGAGGAAAAUUUAUGUACUCCGCGGACUUUGUUUCAAAAUCUAGUAAAUUUUGACUCAAAAAAGCCUGUUGCAACUAAACCGUUGAAGCAGACUGUGGACAAUAAAGAAUCUUCUGCUAAGAGUGAUUCCUACUGGAUAGAGGAUAAAGAAGCAUUUUCUUGCAAGACUGUUGGAAAAACUCAAGUUGAGGAGCAAGAUGACACAGCAGAUAAAGCAGAGGAAGACAGGUCAUGGGUGAACUUCGUAGUAAAUGGUGGUAAGAAUUUAACUGCUGGUGUUGGACUGGAGUCACAACUGUUUCUUACUGUCGAAAAUAUGACCAAUAGAAGACUUAAAUGUCGAAUGAAACUUCAUAAAAUAAAUUCUCAAAAUGUGGCACUUGAUAGUAACAAUCCUGCAGCACACAUUAAUUUUCCAUCAAGAGAGGCAAUAAUAGAUCCCAAAACAAAAAAAGAAGCAAAGGUAUGCUUCAUCCUGUGUGCUGCAGGGCCCAUAAGAAUUACUGUGAAUGUUUUCCUUGAAGACAUGGCAACAAAGGAAACACAACAAAAAUAUAGGAAGUUUAAUAUUGUUGGUGAACAACCAAAGAUACAGAUUACUGUCAAUGACAUAUCAGAAACACGAAUGGAUUUUGGGAUGCUUCCAGAGAACUGUACAAAACAUUUUCCUAUAACAGUAUUCAAUAGAGGAAAUUUUGAUGCACCAGUAUGCAUAGCUGUGGAGGAGUGUUGUAAUCUUCCAGUAUUCUCCAUCACAACAAAUACAGAUGAUGAUAUGGAUACCUGUGAGUCAGGCGGUUGCAUGUCUUCAACUUGCAUCUUAAGAGCUAACAGUCAACAGAUUGUCAUUAUCAUCUUUAAGGCACCAUCUUUACAACAAAUAGCAGCAUGGACAGAAACUGUUGAGUUGUCAAGUGAACUGAAAGUUUUGCUGAAUUUACCUUCUACUGAAAGGAAGAUUCUUCAAAAGUUAAGUUUACUAGGACACGUUGCCCGCACUAGAUUGCUGUUAUUAAGGAAAAGUCUUCCUAUCAACUUGGUGUGUGAUGUUGGUCAGAGGGUGACACAGUCUUUUUCCUUAAAAAAUGAUGGAGCAAUGCCACUGAAUCUGUCUCUAAAGAUAGUUGAUGAGCAUUUCAAGGAAGUUCACGAUGACAUUAUACAAGUUGAACCAAAACACUUGGUGGUAACAGUGAAACAAAAAUCAUCUGUUGAUAUUAUUUUCCAGCCACAACCGACAUUAAAAAGUGUCCUCAGAUUGCUCUUUGUUGAAAUUCAACCAAAUGGUCAACUGUUCAAAAUAGACAUUUAUGGGAAAGUUGCUUCAGCGAAAGAACAACACAUGGAAGGAAAGAAUAAGAAUCUUCCUGUUCAAAUUAGGAAUGAUCCAUGUUCACAGAAAGUCCUUUCAAGUAAUGGAGUUUCCACACAGGGUGCUGUUAAUGGCAGUGGAAGUGUGUCAGCUGAAAUUGCAUCUUCACGCAGCUCCCAGAGCAGGAAUUCUACUUCUAGAUUGCCAUUAGCUGCAACACAGAAAGAAUUAGUAUGGAGUAGUGUUCCCAUAGGACAGCUAGUGAUGGAAUCAUUUAUGUUGAGAAAUGAGGGAAAUUAUACAAUGAAGUUGCACAUUUCUCUGCAAGACCCCACAGGUCCAUUUAAAAUAUUAACUGAACAGCAGAAAAAUGUCAAGGAUCUAAAAAUUGCACUGCAGUCCAUGGAGCGUGUGAAGCUGAACAUCUCAUUUGAACCACUGAGACUUGGGGCAGCACAUGAUAAACUCAUAUUCAAGAAAUACCCACACCAAGAAUUGUCAGCUAAGCUUGUGUUUCCCCUUUAUGCUUAUGGUGGCCACCACCGGAUUACUAUCAAAGGUGUACCAAAAGAUGGAACAGGUCAUAUGUGGCUUUGCAUAGGUGCAUUAGAUUAUGGGAAACCUUGUAUGGAAGCUUAUUUCAUCAUCAGUAAUUCUGGAACACUGGAUGCAUUUGCAAUUGUGAAUGCUGCAACAAAAGGACUGGAAUUUCUGAAAAAGUCAGCUAUAACUGUUGAGCCUAGCAAGUUUAUAAUCCCUGCUGGUAGUUCCAGUACAGUUAAAAUUACUUAUCAUGCACAACAAGACCUCCUGAAGUACUUCAUAAGUGCAGCCAAGGAUGUCUUGGAAAUCGGCGUUUUGAGCAUUCUAACAGGUGAUGAGCCUACCAGACAAAGACUGAGGAGACUAUGGAAUGAUAUGAAAUCUAAGACUACAUGUAAUUCAUUGGAACAAUAUUCAUUCAUGGACUUAUCAAGUAUUUGUGAAGCUUUUGCUGACGAGAAAGCCCUAACUGGAUUGGAACUUUUAAGGGACCCUGAGCAAGCUGUGGAUACUCUGUGCAGAUCCUUUGUUCAGCAGGACAUUUCACUCACUGUUGAAAAUAGUGGUGAGAAGACAUACGGUCCAAGUUCGGGUUUGACAUCAGACUGUUCAGGAAGCCAGACGCAGUUUUUCACUUCCCUGUACAAUGAAACAGUUGAUGAGACAAUAAAAAGCUCUUCAGAAGCAGGUUUUGAAAGUGGAAAUCAAAGUUCAUUCUGGAGUAUUUCAGCAGAGAGUCUUGUGCUGUUGCCACCACGUAUAACUGAAGGAUGCAUACAAGUGUUCAGCAAAUCUCGAGGUCCGCAAAUAUUUGAAACCCAGUUAAACAACAGAUUCUUAGCCGUCACUCCUGCAGAAGGAGUUGUUCCUCCUAAUGGAGAAGUGACGAUUACUGUGUCAUGUUCUGCAUUGCCUAAGAGCACCUGCAAAGAAAGUGAGGCUGUAUUAAAGAUCUAUCUGGAAAAUGACGUGAAGCAUGUACGUAUUGUCAUUAAACAGGGAAUGUGAGAAGUAUUGACAGUAAACUGAAGACAAGUGGUGUUCAUAGGAUGUUUUGUUAAGAACAAAUGUAAAUAUUCUUUAGUACUAAAAGAUAUAAAAGUACUUUAUGGAAGAUGUUUUAUAUUUGUAUGUAUGACGGUCAUUUAACUUGUAUAAAAAUGAACAGUGUCGUGUUUUA